AGUGAUAUAAUCUGACUUCACAUACCAUAUUUGUACCUGGCGUUGAGGCUAAAAAAACCCGUCUGGCGUCUGGCCUGUUCCCAAGAAGCAGGGAGAGGCAGAGUUGGGGGAGGGGGCAACAGCUUCCGCCGCCGCCUGCCGUCGCAGAUCCGUGGCCUUUCGAUCUAGAACCUUUGCCUCCCACUCUAUCGGGGCUCACCCCGAUGGCCGUGAGCUCGCGGCUUCCCUUCCCUCCCGCGGCGCGCGGCCUCAUGCGCCGCUCGCCGCCGCGCAUUCUCCCCGUCGAGCGCGCGCCUCGCCGCCUCGCCCCGGGCGUCCGCGCCGUCUCCGGGAGCCCCACCCCCGGCGGAUCGCCCGUGCCCAGACGGCGGCCAGCGCCGGCUGACGCCACAGCCGUGGCGCCGCCCUCCGCGCCGUCGUCGGCCUCCUCUGCCAUCGAUUUCCUCACCCUCUGCCAUCGCCUCAAGACAACUAAAAGGAAAGGAUGGAUAAAUCAUAGCAUUAAGGGCCCCGAGUCAAUUGCUGAUCACAUGUAUCGUAUGGCUUUGAUGGCUUUGAUUGCUGGAGACCUGCCUGCUGUGGAUCGAGAAAGGUGUAUCAAAAUCGCUAUCGUGCAUGACAUUGCUGAAGCUAUUGUUGGUGACAUUACUCCAUCAGAUGGUAUACCUAAGGCUGAAAAAAGCCGGCGUGAACAAGCAGCUCUAGAUGAAAUGUGUGAAGUUCUUGGUGAUGGACCAAUAGCUGAUGAGAUUAAGGAGCUAUGGGAAGAAUAUGAAAACAAUUCUUCUAUUGAAGCCAAUCUUGUAAAAGAUUUUGAUAAAGUGGAAAUGAUUCUUCAAGCAUUAGAAUAUGAGAAAGAACAUGGCAAAGUGCUAGAUGAGUUCUUUCUCUCUACUGCUGGUAAGUUUCAGACAGAGAUUGGUAAAAGCUGGGCUGCUGAGGUGAAUGCCAGGAGAAACCAGCGAUGCGGAAAACAAAAGUAGGAGCGUUUGAUUGCAUCAUGUAACCUCUACUAAAAUAGGUUGUUAUGAUGACUAGGUGGUAUGGAGAACUGGUGACUGACGACUUGUAGACCCCGUGUCCACACUCUAAGCUAGCUUCAGUUGUCGCCCUUAACUGAUUGCAACAGCAAUCCAGCCUCGGUAAAGAAUAACGGAAAGGGCGUCGAGGAAAACUGUGGAUGUAAGUCUGGUCAGAGCUGAAAUGCUCGAAAUCGCACCAAGACUUGCCCACAUGAAGGUAUGAAACACUGUAAUGUUCUAGUUAGGGAUAAUAUAUGCUUUUAUUAACUGAGGGAAUAAUGAAAAGCUGAUUCUGUUGCGCCCUUUC